AUGGCGGGUAUCCGCCACCACUCCCGCGAGGGCAAUCGUGGAGGGCAAGGCCUGUUCAAGUGGGAUGAUAUCAAGACCGAGCGCUAUGCCGAUUACGAACAGUAUCUGGGCCACUCGGUCAUGGCCCCCAUCGGCCGCUGGCAACAAAAUCGUGACUUGACUUGGUUUAACAAGAACAAGAAAGGGGCCAGUGAACAAGAGAUCAGUGCUUCUGAGCGACAGGCCCGUGAGCGCCGCCGCAUCGAGCGUGAACUCGUUAAGCAACAGGAACAAGACCUUUUAGCCGAAGCCCUUGGACUGGGGCCCGCUGUGCGGCGAACACCUGGCACCUCAAGUGUCACCAAACAGGACUUGGCCGAAGUCUUGGGCACGACCAAGAAAGAGGGCGAAAGCGAGAGUGCCUUUUCUUCUGCCGACCGCGUCGCUGGCUUGGGUUACUCGGGGGCCCACGCGGAGCCUCAUUGGAGGAUCGUGGAGCACGCGGUGGCAGUCGAGGCCCAGCUCCAGGUGAACCUGUUUCCAACGCCAAUCUUGAGCCCAUUGGUCAGCGUGACUUUGGUCGACCCGAGUCACAAGAUGCACAUCGCCACAGCAAAAAACACAAGAAGGAGAAGAAGCACAAAAAGGAGAAGAAAAAGCACAAGGAUCACCGUCGAGAUGCGUCUCCAAGUGCUUCACGCCACCGGGUGCAUGACUACGACCGUGAUGAACGACGUGAUGAACGACGUGCUGAACGACGUGAUGGACGACGUGCUGAACGACGUGAUGAUCGUCACAAUGAGAGUAGCUCAGAACGGAAAAGCUAUGGUCGCGAUUCGGAAAGGAGAAGCUAUGGCCGUGAUUCGAACCGCAAUGGGGGUCGUGAUGCUGAUCGCGACCAAAGCCGAGGUCGCUCCCGAGAAGCUACCGAUAGUGGGCAUGAACAUCAUCAUCGCCGCCGCCAUGACAGUCGCAGCCCAAGCCCCGCUCCGCGGACCGCAGCAUCCCCGCCCCGCCGCUCGAAAACACGCCACGAUAGUCGCAGCCCCAGUCCCAAGCCACGAUCAUGAAUCAGGAGUGGGUCUUGUUAUUUCCACUUGCUCUGACUCUGGGGCAUGA